AUGGCCGAGGACAAGGAGACCGACUCGCCGCAGCCGCUGGCCAAGAUGCCCCGUCUCUCCUGCGCCGACACGAGCGCCGGAGAGGUGACCAUGGCGGCCUCGUCGCCGCUGGUUCUGGGGCUGCGACUGGGGCUCGGCGGGGGCGCGGGCGGCGGCGGGAGCGGCGAGCGAGACGCGGAUGCGUCCCCCGCGACGGCGACGCCCACACCCAAGAGGGCGUCGGCGCUGACAUUCAUGCAGCAGCAGGAGCUGGAGCACCAGGUGCUCAUCUACCGCUACUUCGCCGCGGGCGCGCCGGUGCCGGUGCACCUGGUGCUCCCCAUCUGGAAGAGCGUCGCCGCUUCCUCCUUCGGCCCCCAGCGCUUCCCCUCGCUGAUGGGCCUGGGGAGCCUGUGCUUCGACUACCGCAGCAGCAUGGAGCCGGAGCCCGGGCGGUGCCGGCGUACGGACGGCAAGAAGUGGCGGUGCUCCCGCGACGUGGUGCCGGGCCACAAGUACUGCGAGCGCCACGUCCACCGCGGCCGCGGCCGUUCUAGAAAGCCUGUGGAAGCCGCCGCCGCCGCCACCCCUGCAGCCGCCCCGGCGCCGAGCGCGGCGGCCGCCAGCAGCCUCGGCGGCCCCGUCGUCCACCGGGGCGCCGCGCCCCCGCACCCGCACGGGCUCGGACUCUCCUCCCCCACCAGCGUCCUCCUCGCCCACAGCGCCGCGCGUGCCACGUGA